UGUUAUUUUCCUCAUUCACCUCACUCUCUAUUUUCUAACUUCAGUCUCUAUUUUCUAGUUUCAAAAAGGGGUUUAGGGUUAGGGUUUUAACUUGUCGAAAAAGAAAAGAAAUCAAGCUUUUCAAUCAUGGCAUCGACAUCAAUAGUCCUGGAAUCAGCAUCAGCAAAGAAGAAGAUCAAUCUCAAGAGUUCUGAUGGUGAGAUUUUUGAAAUAGACCAGGAAGUGGCGUUGGAAUCACAAACCAUCAGGCAUAUGAUUGAGGAUGAUUGCGCUGAUGACACCGGAAUCCCUCUCCCAAAUGUAACCAGCAGGGUUUUGGCGAAGGUGAUUGAGUACUGCAAGAAACAUGUUGAAGCAGCAGCGAAUUCUGAUGAAAGGCGUCGUGACGAGAAUGAUAUCAAGAUAUGGGAUGCAGAUUUUGUCAAGGUUGAUCAGGAUACCCUCUUUGAUCUCAUAUUGGCGGCAAACUACUUGGACAUCAAGGGUCUGUUGGAUCUUACAUGCAAGACUGUUGCGAGCAUGAUGGAGGGUAAGACAAUGGAGGAGAUUCGCAAGACUUUCAACAUUAAGAAUGAUUACACUCCAGAGGAAGAGGAGGAAGUUCGUCGCGAAAAUCUAUGGGCUUUUGAAUGAAAACAGAUUCAACAAUUAAGUCUAUAAGAUUUUAUUAUUAGAUUAUUAGAUUAGAUAUAGGUUUAUGGGUUUAGAGAGUAAGUUAUGUUUUUAUGCAUUAUUAUAUUUUAACAUCUUAGAGAGUAAUGUUAUGCUUAAUUUAUAUACUUGCUUAAUUUUUUUUCAAUACAUCUGUUGAGACUAAAAUAAUAUUAGUAGUGGUAGUAGCAACACAUUAUAAUAUUCUUUUUAUAAUCA